AGCAAGCGGCGCAGGGACCCCGCGGGCGGCUGGGGUUUCGGCGGCGCCCGCCUCCACUCCCUCCCCUCCAGCUCUUGGGGCUGGUCGGCCGGCGCCGCCUCCCGGGAAGAUGGCGCUGCACUUCCAGAGUUUGGCUGCAUUGGAAGCAUUAUGUACUCACCUCUACGUAGGAACUGAUCUUACACAAAGAAUAGAGGCUGAGAAAGCACUCCUGGAACUAAUUGACAGCCCAGAAUGUCUCAGCAAGUGUCAACUUUUAUUAGAACAAGGAACAACAUCCUAUGCCCAGCUCCUUGCAGCAACAUGUCUUUCAAAACUUAUUAGCCGAGUCAGUCCUUUACCUAUUGAACAGAGGAUGGAUAUCAGAAACUACAUUCUGAAUUAUGUGGCAUCACAACCCAAGCUGGCUCCCUUUGUCAUCCAAGCUCUUGUUCAAGUUAUUGCUAAAAUAACUAAGUUGGGGUGGUUUGAGGUUAAGAAAGAGCAAUUUGUCUUCAGAGAAAUUAUUGCUGAUGUGGAAAAGUUUCUACAGGGUACUGUGGAACACUGCAUAAUAGGAGUAAUGAUCCUCUCCGAGUUGACACAAGAAAUGAACCUGAUUGAUUAUUCUGCAUCAACAGGGAAACACAGGAAAAUAGCUACCUCAUUCCGUGACACUUCUCUCAAAGACAUUCUAGUGCUAGCAUGCUCUCUUCUCAAAGAGGUGUUGGCCAAACCUUUAAAUCUGCAGAAUGAGUGUCAACAAAAUCUGGUAAUGCAGGUCUUGAAACUGGUCCUCCACUGCCUUAACUUUGACUUCAUUGGCAGUUCAGCAGAUGAAUCUGCAGAUGAUCUUUGUACAGUGCAGAUUCCAACAACCUGGAGAACAAUAUUCCUGGAACCAGAAACACUGGAUCUUUUCUUCAAUUUGUAUCAUUCGUUUCCACCACUACUGUCUCAGUUAGCACUUUCAUGUUUAGUUCAGUUUGCUUCUGCAAGAAGGUCCUUAUUUAGCAGUCCUGAACGUGCCAAGUACCUUGGUAAUUUAAUUAAGGGAGUAAAAAGGAUACUUGAAAACCCUCAGGGUUUGUCUGAUCCAGGUAAUUAUCAUGAAUUUUGUCGAUUUUUGGCUCGUUUGAAGACAAAUUAUCAGCUGGGAGAAUUAGUUAUGGUGAAAGAAUAUCCUGAGGUCAUCAGAUUGAUAGCUAACUUUACAAUUACUAGCCUCCAGCAUUGGGAAUUUGCUCCCAAUAGUGUUCAUUAUUUAUUAACGCUGUGGCAACGGAUGGUAGCAUCGGUUCCUUUUGUGAAAUCUACUGAACCCCAUUUAUUAGACACUUAUGCACCAGAAAUCACGAAGGCCUUUAUCACUUCUCGGUUGGAAUCUGUUGCCGUAGUUGUGAGAGAUAAUUUAGAUGAUCCACUGGAUGAUACCGCUACUGUGUUUCAGCAGCUGGAGCAGUUAUGUACUGUCAGUAGAUGUGAAUAUGAAAAGACAUGCACUUUUCUUGUACAGUUGUUUGACCAAAAUGCACAGAAUUACCAAAAACUUCUACAUUCAGCUUCUCAGAUAACUGUGGAUAUGGCAAUUCAGGAAGGACGUCUUGCAUGGCUGGUAUACUUAGUUGGGACGGUUGUAGGAGGAAGGUUAACAUACAUCAGUACGGAUGAGCAUGAUACUAUGGAUGGAGAAUUAUCUUGUCGAGUUUUUCAGCUUAUAUCCUUAAUGGAUACCGGAUUGCCUCAGUGUUCUAAUGAGAAAAUAGAGCUUGCAAUUCUGUGGUUCUUGGAUCAGUUUCGUAAAACAUACGUUGGUGAUCAACUUCAAAGAACCUCAAAGGUAUAUGCCCGUAUGUCAGAAGUCUUAGGAAUAACAGAUGAUAACCACGUUCUAGAAACAUUCAUGACAAAAAUUGUUACAAACCUUAAAUACUGGGGAAGAUGUGAGCCUGUAAUUUCAAGGACCCUUCAGUUCCUAAAUGACCUUUCUGUUGGUUAUAUCCUUUUAAAAAAACUUGUGAAGAUAGAUGCCGUGAAAUUCAUGCUAAAAAACCACACGAGUGAACACUUCCCCUUUCUUGGCAUCAGUGAAUGUUACAGUCUCAGUGACUUCAGGUGCCGAACCACCUUCUACACAGCCCUCACUCGCCUUCUGAUGGUAGAUCUAGGCGAAGAUGAGGAUGAAUUUGAGAAUUUCAUGCUGCCUCUUACAGUCUCUUUUGAAACAGUAUUACAGAUAUUCAACAACAACUUUAAACAAGAAGAUGUAAAGCGUAUGUUGAUCGGGCUGGCAAGAGAUCUUCGAGGGAUUGCCUUUGCACUGAACACAAAGACCAGCUACACCAUGCUGUUUGACUGGAUGUACCCAACAUAUCUUCCCAUUCUUCAGAGGGCUGUUGAGCAGUGGUAUGGAGAGCCAGCAUGUACAACUCCCAUCUUAAAACUUAUGGCAGAACUGAUGCAAAACAGAUCUCAGCGCUUGAAUUUUGAUGUAUCAUCCCCUAAUGGAAUUCUUCUCUUCAGAGAAGCUAGUAAAAUGAUUUGCACUUAUGGUAAUCAGAUCCUGUCCCUGGGGAGGCUCUCAAAAGAUCAGAUUUAUCCAAUGAAACUCAAGGGCAUCUCCAUCUGCUAUUUGGCUCUCAAAUCUGCCUUGUGUGGAAAUUAUGUCAGCUUUGGCGUCUUCAAGUUGUAUGGGGAUAACCAUUUUGACAAUGUACUCCAGGCCUUUGUCAAAAUGCUGCUGUCAGUGUCCCACUGUGACUUGCUACAAUAUCGGAAACUGAGCCAGUCUUAUUAUCCACUUCUGGAAUGUCUCACCCAGGACCACAUGAGCUUCAUCACCAAUUUAGAGCCUCCUGUACUCCUGUAUGUUCUCACAUCUAUCUCAGAGGGACUCACUACUCUUGAUACAGUUGUCUCCUCCAGCUGCUGUACCAGUUUAGACUACAUCAUCACCUACCUCUUCAAGCACAUAGCAAAAGAGGGCAAGAAGCCACUUCGAUGCAGAGAGACUACCCAGGCCGGUCAGAGACUAUUACACUUUAUGCAGCAAAACCCAGAUGUCCUGCAGCAGAUGAUGUCUGUCCUCAUGAAUACCAUCAUCUUUGAAGACUGUAGGAACCAGUGGUCAGUGUCCAGGCCUCUCCUGGGGCUCAUCCUACUCAACGAGAAGUAUUUCAGUGAGCUGCGGGCAAGUUUGAUAAACAGCCAGCCUCUCCCCAAGCAAGAGGUCCUUGCCCAGUGCUUCAGGAACCUGAUGGAAGGAGUGGAACAGAAUCUGUCGGUCAAGAACAGAGACAAGUUCACCCAGAACCUGUCCGUCUUCAGAAGAGACGUAGCAGAAGCCUUGCGCUGUGACAGCAGCACGGAACCAUCCGGCAGCCAGGACAUGAUGAGCUGACCCAACUUCUCUGAGCAUGUGCCACACAGCCCUUCUCAGGACCUGUGUAGGCCAUGAUCCCAGGACAGUGAUGUUGGCUAGCCCAGGAGAAUCUAUUUUUCAAACAAACAGCAAGAGCAACAAAAAGCCCUACCUUUUUAUAAGUCUGGUCUAAUUAUAAGAGUUUAUAAUAGUGCAAACAAUGUAAAUUCAAUCUUUGCUCUUAAAAUGGAAGACGUUUUCCAUCUUUCUAGCAGAAAUCAUUAUCUUUGUUCUUAUAUUGCUCUAAAAGGGUGUAUAAAUGAUAUUUACCCAAAGAACAUAAUAAACCAGGUUUGCAUCUACGUGUGUACUGGUUAAUGGUUCUGCAAUCAAGGCUGUGAGUUUGUUGGUGAUGCAGCCUUCACCAUAGACCAUGGAUUGAGACAAAUGCCAUUUGAACCUGUUAAACUAGUAGUUUAUUAUGAGUCUGGAAGCAGCAGCAUUAGGGACCCUGCACUGUGGGCAUUUAGAACAAGCCUGGGAGCUCUGCAAAACAUCCCACAGGACUGCACACAGGACUGACUGCCUCAGCAGCAUCUGAUAAAGUUGAGAGACAGUAACACAAUUAAAUGACUUACAAACAGCGUUUGCUUUUCCCUGGCAUAAAUCUGAAGUGGUUCAGUCUAGAAGAAUUAAGCCAUACAAUCACUGCCUGCAGAGAGAUUUUUUCAGAAAGAGUCACGUAGCCCUAGUAGGAGGUGUUGGGCGGUGCCAGCACCCAGGCCUUCUUCCGCAACUUGAUUUUAAGAGAAACUGAAGUUCUGUAAUUGAAAUACAAUAUUUAAGGCAGCUCUGCCUUCUUGGGCCAUUGAAUAUAGUCCUAGGUACUCAAGUUCAGAGUCAUGGGGAUGGCAGUGUUCAGAGGAUGAGGAGCAGCUGGCUCCACAACUCAGAUGACUUUUGGGAUUGUGGCAGGAGAUACAAUCCAGUGACUUAACCCAAAUCCAAGACACAGGGCGGCCCUCACAGUUUGUGAUCUCCUGUAACUAGGCUACUAAUUUGAGAUGACCACUGUCAAGUGGUUUUAUAUUCUCCCUGCUGUGUCUUCAUGGCCCAGGCUUGUAAUAAAUACUGUGCCCUUUAUUUCUGAUAAGACAUGAAGGUUAGCCCUACUGUUGAACAAGAAGUAAAUCUACAGGCUCCUGUUAUAAUCU